UAGCUCUCUAGCCUCCGCCGCGAACACACGUCUCCAACCCGUAUUUAAAAAUAAUGUACUAAAAAUACUCGCGAAAAAUGGAACACAAUAAUUUAGAUAAAACGAUGUCUUCGACUCCUAUGCUGCCUAAAGAGAAUGGUGAUGAAAAAAUGGUGAUUAUAACCCCUAGUAAUGGGGUGGGGAAGAUUUUGAUAAGGGAGGAUACAAUUUUGACGAAUUUGCACGGGUGUGCGGGAUGUGGUAGAAGUCAGUUUACUUGUGGGGGGGUGAAAAGUCAGUGGUCGGUUCUAUGUUGGGGAAAACAGCCGGAAAAGAAGUAUUAUUGUUUAUUACUAUUAAUAUCUACAACGUUCGUGCUGAGUAUGAUCGGGACGAUAUUCUUCUGUUUUACAAAUACAAUCAACGAUGCUAUUUUGUCUAGCAUGGUAAUCCGCAACAAUUCACUGGCGUACAAGAUCUGGAGGCGGCCUGAUGUUCAGCCGUUGAUGAAGGUUUACCUCUUCAACUAUACUAAUUGGGAACAAGUGAAGGAUCGGAAGGAGGAGAAACUGAAAGUUGAGGAGGUCGGGCCUUAUGUUUACUCACAACAGUUAGAGCGAGUGAACAUACAAUUCAACGGGGACAAACUAAGUUUUCAAGAGAGAAAUCAUUUUCAAUUCUUAGCUGAUAAGAGUAAUGGCGCGCAUUUUGACCGAGUUGUUGUGCCAAACCUGCCUUUAUUGGGUGUAAUCUCGAAAGCCGUGAGCAUGGAUUUAAGUAGUUUCGCUCAGAUUACUCUGAGUUCUGCCAUGAACUGGGCCAAUCAUCCUGAGGCCUUCCUGACGCUUCCGGUGCACAGGUUCCUUUGGGGGUACGACGACAGCAUAAUAGACACUGCGAAACCCGUCCUAAGUCUUGGAGGGCAGCUAAAGUUCGAGAAGUUUGGUCUUCUUGUUACGAAAAACGGCACCGUAUCUGAACGUUUUACAAUCAACACUGGAGAGAAUGAUAAAGACAGGAUGAAUAUCAUCGAGGAAUUUGAUGGCCACGAUCACCUCUCAUUUUGGGGUAGCACGGAAUGCAAUAGUAUUGAGGCGUCAGACGGUUCAAUAUUCCCGCCUUCUCAACUGGACAGGAAUACGACCCUGCACGUGUUUUACCCCAACCUGUGUAGACGGCUGCCUUUCCAAUAUGAAAAGACCGUUGAGAUCUCAGACGGCAUAGAACUUUACCGCUACAGAAUGCCUCUUGACGUGUUCGACGAUCCCGAACACAACCCUGAAAACCAGUGCUACUGUGAAAUAGACACGGCCACCUGUCCUCCUAGGGGUGUCAUUAAUGUCACUGACUGUACUAUGGGAGCCCCAGCACUAGUAUCGUUUCCUCACUUCUACCUGGCGGACCCUCGUCUUCGCGAAGACGUCAUCGGUCUGAAGCCUGACCCUCUCAAGCAUGACUCCUACAUCGACUUGCAUCCAACGCUCGGCAUCGCUCUUAGUGGAAAAUCUAGCAUUCAAAUCAACAUACAAGUAAGGAAAAGCGACAUGUUUUCAUCUGUGAAAUAUCUCGACCAAGGACUUAUACUGCCUGUAGCCUGGAUUGAAAUGGGCGUGGAAGAGCUACCAGAAAGCCUACGUUCCCUUGUCUACCACGGCACAUACUCCACGGCUGCAGCCCAGCUAGGUCUCACCGUGAUAUGCGUUGUAGCAUUCAUAGGAUCCGGCAUAUGUUUGCUCUGCACCUUCGCUCGUAGAAAACAGAAGCCUUGCGCUACUCUAAAAGUUAAGAUACCUACGGAAACUGAGUUAAAAAGUCAGGCUUCAUGAGAUUGUAAUAAUUUGAAGUUUGUACUAGUGUAUGAAUGAAUUUAUGUUUCUAAUUUCGGUUGCGGCUGAUUUUAAUAUCAUAUCUAUCUAAAUGUGGAUUUCAAUAACUGAUAGAUAGGAAUUUUACAUAAGCCCUAUAUAUAACUUAUUAUGUCAAAUUCCUUUCGAAUUUAUAAAUAGAAAAGUUAUUGGAAUCCGCCGUGAAAGAUUGUCGUGGCCAUGUUGAAUUGUCACUUGGCGCCUUUUUUUGUCAUUUCUUGCGCUUUAGUUUAAAUAGUAAAUAAUAUGAGUUUUGAUAUCAUUAAUUAAUUAUAUAAAUUAAUGUUUUUUUGCGAUUUAUUUGCUAUAUUGCUAUAGUAAAAAUGUUGAUAGUACUAAUUUUACGGAUUAAAAUAAUUACUAUUGAUUUAAAAGCAUUUAUAACGUCCAUGGAGGCCGUCAACUCGAAUGAGGUAGUCAAAAGCGAGCCUUUUUAAUUCUAACUAAUAUUAUAAAUGCGCAAAUGUGUUUGAUUGUUAUGUUUUUAUAAGAGAAAUAAAU